UCCCCCUGGCCGGGGCUGAGGGGCGGGCGCUCGGCAGCGGCAGGGAGAUUUGCGGUCGGACGCUGCGCAGCACGGAGCGGGCAGCACCAUGGUGAAGAUCGCCUUCAGUUCUCUCUUCGCCCACAAGGACGAGCCCAAGAAGGAUGCGGCCGAGGCACUGGAUCCAGAAAUUGCAACACAUGGAAAUGAAAAUUCAUCUGGAAGAUGUUUAUUGACCCUUUUGGGUCUUGCAUUCAUCUUAGCAGGGGUUGUAGUUGGUGGAGCCUGCAUCUACAAGUACUUCAUGCCUAAGCAUAAGGUGUACCGUGGGGAAAUGUGUUACUUUGAAAAUGAAAAUCAGGAUCGUGCUAUAGAACCGUACUUCCUGCCCAUUGCAGAAGAAGCUGAUAUUCGGGAAGAUGAUAACAUAGCAAUCAUUGAUGUUCCAGUUCCAAAGUUCUCAGAUAGUGACCCAGCAGCUAUUGUCCAUGAUUUUGACAGGCUUCUGACUGCUUAUCUUGACUUACAAUUGGGUAACUGCUAUGUGAUCCCUCUGAACACAUCCAUUGUUAUGCCACCAAGGAAUCUGAUGGACCUGUUCGCAAAACUGGCGACUGGUUCUUACUUGCCUCAGACUUAUCUAGUUCGUGAAGAAAUGGUGGUAACAGAAGAGAUAGAUAAUGUGUCUGAUUUGGGCAUCUUCAUUUACCAGCUUUGUGUAGGAAAAGAGACCUUCAGACUGCAGCGCAGAGAUCAGAGAGCAGAGUGAUCCUCUUGUCUGAAGUGAUCUGACAGGAUAUUCCUUCACAGCCUGUUGGUGCUGCUCUUUGUAUCUUAAAUUUGCAGGUGCUUCUAGCCUGGGCUUGCCAGGGAGUAAGGGACCCUACUAAUAUGUGUUGCUGUUAGGUAACUGGUACAACUCCACCUUGUUGUCUCAACAUUUAUGUUUGUCUUCUUCCUGCUCCAAAUCAACUGGGAUUUUGCGUGUUUCUUUGAUAUUGUUGCUAUUGGCAGAAUAAAACUUUGAAGGAUCAGUUGAUUUGUUUCUGCUUCUGUUCUUCUGACAGCAGAAGGAAAGCUUUAUAUGCAGAAAUGGGAAUCUCUCAGUCCCCCUGAGAAGCUUACAAAAGUGAUGGGGAGGUUGUUAAUUUUAACUCCCUUGGUAGGCACAUACUCUUUUAGUUCAGAUAGAUGCUCUGUUCCAGUGAGUGGUCAAUGCACUGAAGACUUUGAGUAGUGUACUGCACUUGCCUAAAUACGAAGUAAUCAGUUUUCGUUUGCUCUAGUGUAUUAACCCUCCAUUUGUGUCGCUGACAUGCCAUGCUAAUGCAUUAGCACUGACAGCAGGAGUUCAAAUCUGCCAUUUACAUGAGUUGGUUGCAUGUAAGUCUUUUCCAGGAAAUAAGUAAAAACAUUUUACUGUGGUACAGUAUGUUGCUGUAAUUAAGCCGUUUUUUCCUUACUUUUUUUUUUUUAAGGGUUUUGUAAUUAUACUGUUAAGAGAAUUGCUUGGGUCUAAAACUCUCCAUAGAAAAUCCUAGUCUAAAAGAUAACGUCUUGCUGUUAAUAUGCAGUAAAUGCCUCCCUGCCCUAUAUAACCGGUGACACUAAAACUGAUGAAAAUUAAAUGGUAUAUUCUCAUUUUGCAAACACUUCUUCUGGGGGAAGAGAAGAGAAAAUAAUAGGAAGAGGCAACUGAUAUUGGGAGUUGAAGACACUGUACCUUUAGUUAGAGGUCCUCGACUCUGGAGUUCAUGUCCUGGAUUUUUUCACCACCAAUUUGUGGACACUUCAGACCAGGUUGUUUUCCCAGGAAGUUUUUUGGGCUUGAGGAACAGAGGAGGAAGGACAGUAGUGUGUGGCUUGUUUUUGUUUACAUAUAGUAAAUUUUUAACUGAGGCUCCAUAUACAGGGCAGUUUUAUACCCAGUUACAGAACUUCCCACUGACUUUAUAAACUUUCUACAAAAGCUAUUUUAAAAUAAGCAAAAAUUCAAAGUGAAGGCCAACAUUCUCAUCAGUUUAUCAUAACGGUAUAAACAGACUGUUAGCAGCUAGUACUCUGGAAGACAGGUUUCAGAGUAGCAGCCAUGUUAGUCUGUAUUCGCAAAAAGAAAAGGAGUACUUGUGGCACCUUAGAGACUAACAAAUUUAUUUGAGCGUAAGCUUUCGUGAGCUACAGUUCACUUCAUCGAAAGCUUAUGCUCAGAUAAAUUUGUUAGUCUCUAAGGUGCCACAAGUACUCCUUUUCCUUUUACUCUGGAAGAGACUUUCAUUGGAAACUCUUGUUCUGUGUGUUCUAUUAAACUACCCAAACAAAACUAAUGCUAAUAGUCAGCUUCUUAGCUUUCAUGAGGUAUCUGACAUCACUGAGAGCACUCCACUAGGGAGACUGAAUUUGAUCAACUAUUGAUUUGAUUACAGUAUUGCCAUGUUUCGCUUGUCCUUCUGUCUAAUCUAUUUUCAUUAAAACCGUGUGGGAGAAUCAAUUUGGGUAUGGUAGGGGUCUGCUGCCGACAUGUACUGAGAAUGCUCUGUCAAGUUUUUAAUGUAUUUUAUCCAUUGUCAGCAGAGUGGCAAUCAAGGGCACGAUCCUAUUCCUGUCAGUGAGUGGAAGCUUUGCUAUUUAUUUCACUGGGACCAGGAUUGGGCCCCAGAGGAGUAAUCUCUGCAGUAUUUUGGUCUAAGUGUAUCUGGCUGAACAAAAAAGGAUUGUGUUCUGCAACACCCUCUCUGCAGCCACUUCAGAAUUCUCUGAACCCAGGAAGGGAAAGAGGUGCCAAAGGGAGAAUUGCCUUCAGGAGCUUGGAAGAGUUAAGAGGGGCUAUGGUUUAGUAGAGGGGCUUAUGGCAUGACCUUAAUUAGUUUAGAGACAGCAGCUUACAGUCUGAAGGGCUGAGAGGAUACUGGAAACAGAAAGAAAUUUACAUUUAUUCAUAAGAGGUAUUUAACACCUGUUUGUUUAGCCCUAGUAUAAUGUCAACAGAGCUCUGAGAAUAGUGGGCUUUUUAUAAUUAAACAGUAGAAACAAGCUUGUGUACAACCAUAGUGAUAACUAACUGAAUGACCUUACACUAUUAUUGAGUACUUAAUUGUAUAUUGCCAGACUAAGCUAGUCAUAAACUGCUAUCUCCUAAGAAAUGUACAGAUACUUCUAGAUAUCUGUAAAGAACACAAUGUUGUAGCUUGCUAAUUUACUUUUUUCUUCCACCCAGGUCUCCAGAAGCGCUCAGCUGAGAACUGUCGUACAAUCAGACACUUCGAAAAUUCUUUUGUCGUUGAAACAAAGAUCUGUCAACAGUGAAAGACACUGGAUGGAAAGUGACUAUUUCACAUCUUCAUUAAGAAGUCUGAGCUUUACAGUUUGACUUCUAAAUUAAAAUGUGCAGUGAUAAUCAAAAGCCUUAUUAUGCAUCUCCUGUGUAUUGCUUGUAUUACAAAACCACCAUUUCAGCUUUCUUUGAUCCUUGGUAUAACAGUAUUUUUAGUUGUCUUACGUAAAACUGAAAUUUGAGAUGUUUAGAAGAAAUGUGUUAUCAACUUAUCCAUUGAAUGCGUCUGACUUAGAAUUUUUCUGGGAAAGGCAGAAAAAAAAUACAUAUAUAAUGUUAAUUGAUUCCUUGGUCGGAAUUACUCCUGGGGGAAUUCUACACCACUGUGCAUGUACAGAAUUUAUGUCCCCUGCAGAUUUCUUUGUUUCCCCACAGAAAAAUGACUUUGACGGGGAUGCAAAGGGAAGCCACAAAAGCGGUCAUGCAACCCUCCUGAGCAGUACGUUUUGGCUGCCCAGGGCAGCCGGCUGUGAGGCGGGACUGGGGAAGACCUGGCUGAUGGCUCCUACCAUAAUGCCAGGCUCAACUGCUAGUCCCGGCUGGGCUGGGGAGGACGGGACUUCCUCUUCCCCUGCACCGCAUCCAGGGCUGUGCCAGACCCACCCCCAGAUUUCUCCCCUGGCUGUAGGAAGCUCUACAAAUUCCCAUCCAUCCAACCCCUGUGCAUCCAGAACCCCUCAUGCCCAGACCCUCCCACAAAGCCUCACCCCUCUACCCCCCAGACAAGCCCCAUUCCCCCUGCACCUCCCCAAUGAGCCACCCGGAUCCCCACCCUACCAAGCCCCAGUCAGCUGCACCUGGCUUGCAACCCCACUGAGCCCCACUCCCCCGGCAUCUGGACCCCCCCACAUACACCCAGACCCCCCUGCUGAGCUCUAUCCUGCCCCCCCACACUUGGACCCCCUCUGCUGAGCCCCAACCACCUUCAUCUGAACCCCCCCUGCAGAGUCCCAUUACUGUUGCACUCAGAACCCCCCCAACAAGUCCCUGUGCAUUCAGAUCCCCCCCCCCCCCCCACACACACACACACACACACUCGGAUCCCCGACUGAGAUACCUGGUGCAUGGAGGGGCAGGGCUCUGGGGUAUUUCUUGGGCAGGCCCGAUCCUUGCACUGUGUCAGGGUUGUGUGCAACCUCACCACUGAGUCUGUGUCCCGGGAAAGGGGAGCUGCACAGUGACCUCCCACCUCUGUGGAGCCAGUGGCCUGUGUUCCCUAGUGCCAUGCUGGAGCCUCCACAUUUAUUUGAUAAAGUGUGCACAGAAUUUUUAAAUUUUUGGCGCUUAAUUUUUUGGCCCAGAAUGCCCUCAGGAAUAGCCAGAAUCACCUUAUACACCUUUUGAUUUUUCACAGAAUGAUUAAAUUAAUACAUUAAUAGUCUGUGGUUUGCACAUUUAGUGUAGUUCUAUAGAAUUGCUCUGCACUCCAUUUUCUGGUUUUAAAAAAACAAACAACCUCCACCUUUCAACAUUUAUCGUUAAAGGUUUUGUUUUAACUUCCACGUGUGAAGCAUGUAAAAUCUAACCUCCGUGAUUAUAAACCUCUAACAUUGCUUUUUUCAUUUUGUGCAAUUACUGUAUUGAACUCGUAUGUAUAUUUGGAAUCUUCCCUAAGUUUACAUUUAAAUUCUUUAUACUUUUGUUUGAUUUUUGUGGUAUUUAGUUGUCAUAGAUUUAGUUGCUGUUAAUCUCUAAAGUUUGUGUCAGUAUUUUGGUUAUAAAUUGGUUUAUCUUGUAACUGCCUGUUUCAUUAAACCUCUCUUGGUAUGGCCCACUUGUGGAUGUGACUGUAGCUGUAAAUUUAACUACUUUGGCCUGUACAACGAACUUUUUAGAUCAGAACUUUUUAUGAGCAAGUAGCAUUAUUACUGCGGUCAGAAUAUUGUUCCCUGUUGAGAACUACAGUAUAAAGAUGGUAAAGAGUUGCUAGAGUGCUGCAGAUUCAAAACUUGAGUCUGUUUUAAUAAGGGACUUUAUAUUGGCAUUAUUCCUGCAACCUUAUAAUAAAUGUUUCUCUAGAA